AUGGAGUGGCUAAAGGCUUCAGCAUGUAAAACCCAAAAGCUUCCUCCAGGCCCACCAAGGUGGCCUAUUUUGGGUAAUCUUCUCCAAUUGGGGCCUUUACCUCACCGGGACUUGGCAGCUCUCUGUAACAAGUACGGUCCAUUAGUCUACCUUAGGCUUGGAAACAUCGAUGCCAUUACAACAAACGAUCCUGAUACCAUCCGGGAGAUUCUCUUUCGGCAAGAUGAUGUUUUUGCAUCAAGGCCUAAAACACUCGCCGCAGUCCACUUGGCGUACGGGUGCGGGGAUGUGGCAUUAGCACCAAUGGGCCCGCAUUGGAAAAGGAUGAGGAGGAUAUGCAUGGAACACCUACUUACAACCAAAAGGCUUGAAUCUUUUACGGUCCAACGGGCCGAAGAAGCCCGAUAUCUAAUACAGGAUGUCUUUGAACAGGCGAAAUACGGCAAGCCCAUAAACCUUAGGGAAGUAUUGGGUGCUUUCUCUAUGAACAAUGUGACCCGGAUGCUACUAGGGAAACAAUUCUUUGGGCCUGGAUCUGUAGUAAGCCCAAAGGAAGCUCAAGAGUUUAUGCAUAUAACUCAUAAGUUGUUUUGGCUGUUGGGUGUAAUUUACUUGGGAGACUACCUGCCGUUUUGGCGAUGGGUGGAUCCGUACGGAUGCGAGAAAGAAAUGAGGGACGUGGAGAAGCGUGUGGACAAGUUUCACACGAAGAUCAUCGACGAGCACAGAAGGGCAAAACGGGAAGACGAAGAUGACAACGGAGACAUGGAUUUUGUUGACGUUUUGUUGUCUCUCCCUGGUGAGAACGGUAAAGAACACAUGGAUGACGUUGAAAUUAAAGCUUUAAUUCAGGACAUGAUAGCGGCUGCGACCGACACGUCCGCGGUCACGAACGAAUGGGCAAUGGCGGAGGUAAUAAAGCAACCGCGAGUGAUGCGUAAAAUCCAAGAGGAGCUUGAUAAUGUCGUAGGAUCAAAUCGGAUGGUCGAUGAGUCGGAUCUAGUCCAUUUAAACUAUCUACGUUGUGUGGUACGAGAGACUUUCCGAAUGCAUCCGGCCGGACCCUUCUUGAUCCCUCACGAAUCCGUCCGCCCAACGACGAUCAACGGCUAUUACAUCCCGGCAAAGACACGUGUCUUCAUCAAUACACAUGGGUUGGGGCGAAACACUAAGAUAUGGGACGACGUGGAAGACUUCAGGCCCGAACGGCAUUGGCCCGUUGACGGUAGCGGACGGGUCGAGAUAAGCCACGGGCCGGAUUUUAAGAUAUUGCCGUUUAGCGCCGGUAAGAGGAAGUGUCCCGGAGCUCCGUUAGGUGUGACGAUGGUGCUAAUGGCUUUGUCUCGGCUCUUCCAUUGCUUUGACUGGUCUUCGCCGGAAGAUAUUGAUACGGUGGAAGUUUACGGCAUGACUAUGCCUAAGGCUAAACCAUUGUGGGCUAUCGCUAGACCAAGAUUGGAAGCUCAUUUAACCCUACUUUUACUCUUGGCUCUUCCCUUUCCGGUGAAAUGCAAAAUGUUUCCGACGCUUCGUCACGCCAUGUUUCUCCGUCGAUUUCCGACUGUGAUUUCUCACAGCAGAAGGGCUUUCAGCAGUAAAAUUACCGAUGAAAUCGAUCCCCAAGCUUUGAACGAGCUGAAUCAGGAAAUGCAAUCAAUAUUUGGAGCAGAACCCUCUACCGAUGGGUUUUCCGGUUUAUCUGAAGUAAAAUCCAAGCUUGGAUCUCCAAAAUCUACAAACCCGGAGGAUUCUACGCAAUAUGUAAAACCGGCAAAAGUGUCUAAGCUAACUCAUGUCGGGAGCUCAGGUGAAGCUCAAAUGGUGGAUGUUUCUUCCAAGGACAACACUAAGAGAACCGCAUUGGCUUGCUGUAAAGUUGUUCUGGGGAGAAGAGUUUUCGAUUUGGUGUUCGCGAACCAGAUGGAGAAAGGAGACGUUCUUGGAGUGGCGAAAAUCGCUGGCAUCAACGCAGCAAAGCAAACCAGCAGUUUAAUACCACUGUGUCAUAACAUUGCUCUUACGAAUGUUCGUGUAGACUUGAGAUUAAACCCUGGGGAUUUCAGCGUUGACAUUGAAGGAGAAGCUUCUUGCACUGGGAAAACCGGAGUUGAGAUGGAAGCUAUGACUGCUGUCUCAGUUGCCGGCUUAACUGUUUAUGAUAUGUGCAAGGCUGCGUCGAAAGAUAUCAGAAUUACAGAUGUGAGACUCGAGCGUAAAACUGGUGGAAAGAGCGGGUGUUGGUCUAGAAGCGAGUGAGCACGAGCAACAUUUGCCUCCGUAGCUAUGGAGAUUGGAACAUACGCGUAGAGCCAUGGCUUGACCGGGCCAGUAAAGCCGGUCUCAAAAAGAGAAGGUUGAUGAACUAACCGGUAAACUGCGGCUUGGGGAUUUCUUGUGUGAUAACUCUUUGAAAAGUUUGAUACUUGGUAAGCACUUUGAUGUGGGAUUUAAAUUUCACCUAAACCGUAUGAGAAACAAUUUAUGAGAGUGAGUGUUUGAUAGAAAAUCAAUGCUUUUAAGUUUCAACUGUGAAAAGUCAUUACUCACACUGUUCACACUUAUUCACUAUAGUCUUCACAUUCUGUAUAGAGUGAGAGAUUGGUCACAGCAUUUAAUUGGUGGUCACACAUCCCAAUAUCACUCUGUUUAUUUAAUUAUCUUUUUUUUUGUUGUUGUUGUAUUCAUUUAAAGAAGAAGGUCAUUAUGAUAUGUAAACAUAUCGAAGCAUUGAAAAUGAAAGUUUUAAAUCUUGGAUCUCA